CUAUCUCUAUCUCUGUUUCUCUUUUUAUACUAUUCUCGUAGCAAGAACACAGAGAGGAACACAGAGAGGUUAUAGUGGUAAAGGUGAUCAAUCUUGGAACUCGAAAGAUGGCGAGCCUCGUUGUUCGUGGGCUUCGCUGCUCGUCCAGAUCGACGAACUCACUACUCGUGGCAGAUCUUAGGCUAAGGUACUCGACUGAGCACAAGGAGGACAGUCGUGUGGGAGAAGUUGCGCAUAAAGCGCGGUCGACCGCGGAGGAGUUCCUCCGGCAGGCGAAGGAGAAGAAGGACGAGAUGAGCGAGAGCGCGAAGGAGGCGUGGGAGGACACGAAGGAGGCCGUCGCCGGCGAGACGACGGAGGAAAAGGAGGAGUACAAGCACAAGGUGGAGAAAGGCGAUUACCACAACAUAGGUCGACGCGACUAAUCCAUGUUCUCUUUUGUCGUAAAAGAUCUAGAAAUGCUACCCGUACACCGAAAAAGUUAAAGAGGCGUAAAUCGUACUUCAAAUCAAUUCUGAGUUCAGGCAACUUUUUUUUAUUUUUCAGCAUUAAAAAGCAUAAGAAUCUGAUAAUACUAGUGCGAAAAACUACUCUUUAUUGUAGAUCUCGUAAGAUAUGUAUCGAAUUUUGGAUGUACAACUAGCAUCGCUCAUCCUGUAUCCUGUAGUGUAACAUGUAACUUUUGUGUUCUAUCAUGCUGCGUUUGGUUCGAGUAUAAAUAAGAAUUUUUUUAUUUUAGAAA